AUGGGGCUCACAUACAACAUCUACCUCAACUCGUCGCGCGUCUACGGCUGCAAGAACUGCAAGACCCACCUCUCUAACCACGACGACAUCCUCAGCAGAAACUUUCGUGGCCAGCACGGCAAAGCCUACCUCUUCGACAGCGUCGUCAACGUCACCGAAUCAGAUCCCAACGAACGUAAUAUGACUACAGGACGUCACAUUGUACGCGACAUCCAAUGUAGGCAGUGCAAGGAGACAGUUGGGUGGAAAUACGACAAGGCAUAUGAAGCGAGCGAAAAGUAUAAAGAGGGCAAAUUCAUCCUCGAGGCCGAACUGCUCUGCACAGUUACCUGA